AGCGGAGCGGCGGCGGAGCGGGAGCCGGCGGCGGCGAUGGACGAGUCGUCGCUGCUGGACCUGCUGGAGUGCUCCGUGUGCCUAGAGCGUCUGGACACCACGGCCAAGGUGCUGCCGUGCCAGCACACCUUCUGUCGCCGCUGUCUGGAGAGCAUCGUCAGCUCCCGCCACGAGCUGCGCUGCCCCGAGUGCCGCAUCCUGGUGGGCUGCGGCGUGGACGAGCUACCCGCUAACAUCCUCCUCGUCCGCCUCCUAGACGGCAUCCGGCAGCGGCCCCGCGCCGCCGGGGGCGCCAGCGGCAGCCCCAGCACCGCGGCCCCCACGUACCCCCAGCCCGCCGCCGCUCCCAGCGCCGUCGCCGCCGCCGCC